GCCCCGCGCGCCGCGCUCCCCGCGCCCGCUCCUCCAACCUGUGCGUGAGGGGAGCCAGCCCCGGCGAGCAAACAAAGUUGCUGGGAGCCCCGAGGAUGGGACUUCAUCCGCAAGCCCUCCUCGCCCUGCCGCUGCUGGCUCUGGCUUUUCCCUCAGUGGCCCUGGGCUUCUCGGAUGAGACCCUGGAGAAAGCCACGAAAUCCGAAGGAUACUGCAGCCGGAUCCUGCGAGCCCAAGGCACCCGGAGAGAAGGGUACAAUGAAUUUAGCCUCCGAGUAGAGGGAGAUCCGGAAUUUUACAAGCCUGGAAAUAGUUACAGGGUAACGCUGUCAGCAGCCACACCUGCUUACUUUCGUGGAUUCACACUGAUUGCUCUGAAGGAGGGUAAAGAGGGCGACAAAGAAGAAGACCAUGCAGGGACUUUUCAGAUUAUAGAUGAAGAAGAAACGCAGUUCAUGAGUAAUUGUCCUGUUGCUGUUACUGAGAGUACUCCAAGAAGGAGGACACGCAUUCAAGUUUUCUGGACAGCACCUCCUGCUGGUACUGGAUGUGUAAUUUUGAAGGCCAGUAUUGUGCAGAAGCGAAUUAUUUAUUUUCAAGAUGAAGGCUCUCUUACCAAGAAACUAUGUGAACAAGACUCAACCUUGGAGGGCGUGACUGACAAACCAAUCCUAGACUGCUGUGCCUGUGGAACUGCUAAAUAUAGGCUAACUUUUUAUGGAAACUGGUCAGAGAAGACGCACCCAAAAGAUUUUCCAAGACGAACAAAUCAUUGGUCUGCAAUCAUUGGGAGUUCACAUUCAAAGAACUACAUCCUUUGGGAAUAUGGAGGGUAUGCUAGUGAAGGUGUUAAGCAAGUUGCAGAAUUGGGAUCCCCAGUAAAAAUGGAAGAAGAAAUUCGACAGCAGAGUGAUGAGGUUUUAACUGUCAUCAAGGCGAAAGCACAGUGGCCUGCCUGGCAACCAGUAAACAUUAGAGCUGCUCCCUCUGCUGAGUUUUCUGUAGACAGGCAUCGUCAUCUCAUGUCCUUCCUUACCAUGCUUGGACCCAGCCCUGACUGGAAUGUUGGACUCUCAGCUGAAGACCUCUGUACCAAGGAUUGCGGCUGGGUUCAGAAAGUUGUUCAGGAUCUGAUACCAUGGGAUGCUGGCACUGACAGUGGUGUUACCUAUGAGUCACCUAACAAACCUACAGUUCCACAAGAGAAGAUAAGGCCACUCACAAGCCUAGAUCAUCCUCAGAGUCCCUUUUAUGAUCCAGAAGGAGGGUCUAUCAAACUGGUAGCCAGAGUUGUCAUUGAGAGAAUCGCACGGAAGGGGGAGCAGUGCAAUAUCGUACCUGAUAAUGUAGAUGACAUUGUAGCAGAUCUUGCUCCAGAAGAAAAAGAAGAAGAUGACACCCCUGAAACCUGCAUCUAUUCAAACUGGUCCCCAUGGUCAGCCUGCAGUUCCUCUACCUGUGAAAAGGGGAAACGGAUGAGACAGAGAAUGCUUAAAGCUCAGCUGGACCUCAGCGUGCCUUGUCCAGACACACAGGAUUUUCAACCAUGUAUGGGACCAGGGUGUAGUGAUGAAGAUGGCUCCACGUGCAUGAUGUCUGAAUGGAUUACGUGGUCCCCCUGCAGUGUUUCCUGUGGAAUGGGAACAAGAUCUAGAGAAAGAUAUGUAAAACAAUUCCCUGAAGACGGUUCCAUGUGCAAAGUGCCUACUGAAGAAACUGAGAAAUGCAUUGUAAAUGAGGAGUGUGCUCCUAGUAGCUGCCUUGUGACAGAAUGGGGAGAGUGGGAUGAAUGCAGUGCUAGCUGUGGCAUGGGAAUGAAAAAACGAUACAGAAUGAUUAAGAUGACUCCAGCUGAUGGAUCCAUGUGCAAGACGGAAACUACAGAGGCAGAGAAAUGCAUGAUGCCAGAAUGCCAUACCAUUCCUUGCAUGCUCUCACCUUGGUCUGAAUGGAGUGACUGUAGUGUAACCUGUGGGAAGGGAAUGAGGACCAGGCAACGGAUGCUAAAAUCAGCAGCUGAGCUUGGAGACUGCAAUGAGGAGCUGGAACAAGUGGAAAAGUGCAUGUUGCCAGAGUGCCCCAUUGACUGUGAACUAACAGAGUGGUCCCACUGGUCUGAAUGCAAUAAAUCAUGUGGAAAAGGGCAUAUGAUCAGGACAAGAAUGAUUAAAAUGGAACCUCAGUUUGGAGGAGCUCCAUGCCCAGAAACUGUCCAACGUAAAAAAUGCCGAAUAAGAAAAUGCUUGAGAAACCCAAGUAUAGAGAAAAGACGCUGGAAAGAGGCCCGUGAGAAAAGGAGAAGUGAGCAAGCUAAGAAAGACAUAGAUAGUGAGCAAUAUCCAGGUUGUAAGAUGAGACCAUGGACUGCUUGGUCAGAAUGUACCAAACUGUGUGGAGGUGGAAUUCAGGAACGCUUCAUGAUAGUAAAGAAGAGAUUUAAAAAUACUCAGUUUACCAGCUGCAAAGACAAAAAGGAGAUAAGAGCAUGUAAUGUUCAUCCUUGUUAGCAAAACCUGAGGCUUCAAAGUGACACACUCUGAGUUAAAUGGAAAGUCAACCUUGGUUUGGUUUUUAAAACAAAAACAAAAAAAAGAAUAUAAAGUGUAUAUUCGUCUUCAUUUUUGCAGUGUGGUUUGCUUAUUAGUCUUGCUGGUGCAAGAAAUAUAUUUUAUAAAUAUUUCCUCACAAAUGUACGCUGAGAGUGGAUUUCUGAUACUCCAGCCAGCCCUUAAUGCAUAAAACAAGUAAGUCAUUGUGAGUCAUUUAACUCUGAAAUAGAGACAUCUCUGUGGACAUGCAAUAGCCAUAUAGAAAUAUUACCUGUAGAGACAUAGGUGGCAUGCAUAUUAACAUAACUAAGUUAAAGUGACAUGUUACAUGUAUGGAAGGAAUUCUCUUUAAAUUUGAUUUCAAAUAUCCAAAGCAGUGCCUAUGUGAUUACACAGUUGUGCCAAGGAAUACUUUAAAUAAUGUUGGUUCAAUAACAUUAAAAGGUGCAUAUUUAUAUUUCCCACCACUGGGUUAAGUUAGUAUUUAUAGUAAUUAUUCUGUAUAAUUUUUCGUCAUGAGAAUUCUAGGGUCCCUUAAAAAAGUAGUUUGCAUCUUUAAAGGAAACAGUUCUAGUAAGUCAGAAAUUUAUCCCUGUGGACAUCUCCGUAAAGAUGCUUAUUUAAUGUGCAAGGAUGAUCAAAAUAACAAAUAUGGAAAAAUGCCAUAUGCCACCUUAAUAACACAUCCUUAUCUUGAAUACCAUUUUUGGUUCUGCCUUAUGCCAUCUCAUAAAGAAUGCAGCUGAAACAGAAAGGGUCCAAAGGAAGAUCGGGGCAGCUACUGCAGCAUGAAAAGGCUUCCAUAUAAAUAAGAUUGAAAAAGAUUAGGACUAAUUUAUGAGAGGGGCCAAGAUGGAAGUAUAUAAAAUAGUGAGUGACAGAAGGCGAGUCAAGUGUGGUAUAGCUUAUAAUUAGGGACCAACCUAAAUUGCCCCAAGACGCAGGGUUUUUUUGUGGCCUGGUUGCAGCAUGCAGAGCCAAUUUUGCAGGCAUUUCACAGUGGCCUUGCUGCUGAUUGGUGGAUUCCACAAAAUCCAUGAAACUGCAAUUUAGGUAAGUUCCUGUUUAUAAUGCAGAAAGGGUGGGGAGGGGGAGAUACACUUUCAAAUGAAAGUGCAACAUACUAAAAACUGAUAAACAAAAAUACAACUUUGUUACUCAGCGAAUAAUCAUCCUGUGCCAUUCAUUGCUGGAAGGUGUACUCUCGAGGCAAAGCAUUUAGGAGGGUUCACCCCCGCCCCCCCACAAAGGAUUAGAUGUGAAUUAUAAGACUUUCACCUGCAGUUAUACUAGGAAGGAUAAAAAUUAUGCUUGAGGUCCUAAGCUGCCAAUUUACUGCCUACAGUUAGAAAGCAGCUUCUUAUCAGGUGUUUCUGCAUACUUAUCCCUUUUUACACCCUUCUCUGAAGCAUCCAGUCAUGGCUGCAGGCAGGAUGUGGGAUAAGGUGGACUUCAGAUCUCAUCUAUUAUGGUUAUUUCUUAUGGUUUUAAGAUCUUAAGAUUUACAAUGGAAAACAAAAGGUAACAAUUUAUUUACUUUUUGUCCAUUACAGAAGUUGUAAACCUAUGUCUCUAUCUAAACAAACAACAACAAUGCACUGAGAAUAAAGACUGUUGUCUGAUAACAUUCUUUUUAAAAAAAGUUUGAGAGAAAUGAAUGGAAAAUUGCAAUCUUAUAUUUCUUUUUAGUCAGCUGUAGAUAAGUUAUUCAAACAAUUUACACUUUAUCACAUGGUCCAAAAAUUGGCACCUGGUUUGGAACGUCAUAAUUUACAGCCAUUGGUCCUCACCCCAUCACAUUCAGGAAUCUUUGACUUGGCUCCUGUGGUAUCUCAACCGCAUAAGGUGGCUGGAUAGUGGAAGAAUGCUCCUUCAUUUUCCUGCAAAACCAUUGAGCACUGCUAGAGAUUCUGUAGUGUCCCAACGCCCCAAUACCCAAGUACACCUUGCUGCCUCCCGUUGCCCUGGAAUUAAGUAAAGACCAGUACAGUAGUGGGGCCAACUUCUGUGUUUAGUCUCAUUGCUGCUAAAUGAAAAAAAUCAGUGGGCGUGAACCCUAGUGAAUCAAAUCGGGGGGAAAGGUUUAGCCUAACCUUUAAAAGGGGCGGGGGAACCCCCAAACACUUCCAUCUUGCACAGACAAGGUCUUUUAGUAACAGGACAGUAACGGGAGAAAGGACCACUUGGUGUAGAGGGAAAGUUAACAGAAAAACCUGAGCUCCCAGGAGGAGCUGUCCCAGAAAUCACAUGCAAAUGAGAUCCAUGCAAACAGUGCACAAUGAUCCCCCUCGCACUUCCUGGAAAAUAUUUCAUGUUAACUCUUUCUAUCCCCACAGGGAUCUUGUAGAUUGUGGUAACCAUUAAAGGUCAAGGAAAUGGUUGCCUUUUAUGCCUUGUUUAUACUACUGCUAAAAAUCCAUCUCAAAGGCCUUUCUAAUUUCUGUAUGGAAAGUAAUCACUUAUUUUUACAGAUACCAUUAGUAACAAUUUUAGAUUUAUUCCCUUUUAACAAAGUUUAUACAACUUUAGUUCAAAUAUAUGCAUUAAACUUAUGUGAAGUAUAUAAAGGUGUAUUACAUUUUCAUAUGUAAUAUGUGCUGUUUGAAUAGAACCACACAGAAAAGUUCAGGCAGUUCUCACACUCUGUUUCAAGUAUGGUUUCAAUAACCAUAUACACUUUAUUUAUUUUAUUUUAAUCAGGAGGGUGUUCGUUGUGGUUUCCAGUCAUUUCUCUUGGGCUCAGUAUUAUAGAUGUUUGAGUUUUUCCACAUUAUUAAUACCUGCAAUCACAAAAUUGUGUGUAGUUAGAGGUGUGGUUGUUUCUGCCUGUCCAGUUUAUUAUAUUAUUUUUCUGUUGAUCAAUUUCUUUCCAGUUCACUUUGCUGAUUUUCUUCUAACUUGAUACAAAAGAUAUUUAAGCUUGUUACUUUUUGUAAAAAAUAAAAACAAAAAACAAAAACAGAAAAUUAAGAGGUUGAUUUUCUAUUAAGGAAAACAAAAAAAGCUCUGAUUAUAUAGUAUGUAGAAUUAUUGCAAUGUUACUGUAAACUUUCUAGUAGUGUAAUAUUCACUGAAUAUCAGUCAAUAAAAAUAAAAUUUAUCUCUUGUUAGUAACUCAUGAAUAAUACAUAUUCCUGAACUGAAAGCACAGGUAUCACUUCAGAGUUUUGUACACCUCAGUUAUCAGUUUUUAGCAUCCUGUGUAUGUUGUUUUUUUCUAACAUGAGCUGUAGAAGCUUUACAUAUAAUAAAAGGAAAAAGGGUAGGGGCUUAACAAAUGUAUAAUAGGACUUAAUAUGUGCAACAUGCAUUUCAAUUAUUUUUUUUAAGUUUUCCUCUGCUGCUGUUUUUGUUUGCUGUGGAACUAUGAGAAAGAUAUGAACAUUUCUUACCAAAGUCCUGUGUAGAUGUUUUGUAGUUGUCUGGCUAACACAUUAUUAUUUUGGAAUAAAGACAUCUUUACUAUAAAAAUUA